AUGUGUCUUCCUUGCUUCCCGUGGACGUGGACCGAGUACGAGGAUCCGCUAGAUUCAAUGCCAGAGCAGCAUGUCUGGGUGCAUGAUGGGCAGGCGUGGUCUCUGCAGAGAUGUUCUCCCAAGACUCCUCGACGGCUCAAGACUGGCGGCGAGCCCCUUCGUCAGGUGCACUUCCAGAGCCCAGGCAGCAACGCCGAUACCAAACCCACGACUUCUUCUUCCAACUCUGCCCCCUUUUCUGCCUCUGCCACCACCACCGUCAACGGCGAGAGCAUCAACGUCCACACCGCGGCUCCAGCUCCCGACAACCAGCCCUCGAGCUUCCCCCAACUCGGCGCUCCGCCAUACAGCACGCUUGGUUCCGACCAGUGGCACACGUCCAUUGACCCGAGCCAGAGCGUCAAGUUGCCCGGCCAGCCGUUUGCAGGAGGCUUCGCACCUGGCCUCGCACCUGGCUUCACCUGCGCGCCACCGCAGACUCACCUGGCCAGCCCCUUUUCUGCUCUACCGCAGGUUUCUGCCCCCUUCACCACCUAUAUCGGCAUCCCUCCUCAGCUCCAGCAUCAGCAUCAGCAUCAUCUGCCUCAGCAUCACUUCACCACCGCAAGCAUGGCCGACUACCAGAACGCAGCGCCGAUGGCCUCUGGCGUCAACUUCCAACCUCCAGUGCCCGACACCACAUUUGGGCCCAUUCCCCACGUCUACGUGCCUCGUUUUGACGGCGGCUUCAUGCCCGCUGCUGUUCAAGUCGGUCUCCCCUCGGUACAGUUUGUUUCCGCCCCUGCUGCAUGCUCCACCACCGUCGUGAUGCCAAAGACGUUUUGCUAUUACAGCAACGGCUUCACUUACUAUGCAAUCGCGCACUCCAGCUACGUUGUUGCUCAUCAGCCCGCCGUCGUCCCCCAGCCCUUCGUCGGCCAACAGCCUGUCAUGAUCGGCGGACAGCCAGCCGCUGCUGCUAUCCCCUUUCAACAAACGCCUGCUGCUAUUCCUGCCAUGGGCGUGUCUGGCGUCGGCGGCGUGCCCGUCAUUACAGGUAACGGUGGCCAAAUCCCCGAUGUGUCUGGUCUCGGCCGCACUCCUGGAGAAGAGACGGUGCGGCAGCUCCAGUUUGCACACGCGAACAAGCUGUUCGAGCCGCAGGAGUUCAAGCCGUCGGACGAUGACCCAUCCCGUUUCUACUAUGUUCGCGAAGUUGACGGUAAUUGGACCCAGCGCAACCGAUUUACUAUUGACCACCUAGGUGACUGUCGAUGGUAUGUCACCGACGAGGGCUGGUUCUAUGCCGUCCGGAUGCCCAAUUAA